AUGGGAACAGGGUUCCCAUCCCGGGUAAGGGAGGGAGGGAGGCGGAAAAAGCCCACGACAGCCAUUCGGGUGAGCUGCACAGGCUCCUGCAGGGUCUCCAGCAAGGCCAACGAUGCAGCGUGUGUGGCGGAGGAGGGCUACUUCAACAGUGCCCUGUCAUUGGCGGACAAGGGGAGCCUGCCGACUGGAGAGCACAACUUCCCCUUCCAGUUUCUGCUUCCUGCCACAGCACCCACGUCUUUCGAGGGCCCUUUUGGGAAGAUCGUGUACCAGGUGCGGGCCACCAUCGACACGCCACGUUUUUCCAAGGAUCACCAGUGCAGCUGUCUGUUCUACAUCUUGAGCCCCCUGAACCUGAACAGCAUCCCAGACAUCGAGCAACCCAAUGUGGCCUCCACCACCAAGAAGUUCUCCUACAAGCUGGUGAAGACGGGCAGCGUGGUCCUCACUGCCAGCACAGACCUCCGAGGCUACGUGGUGGGGCAGGUGCUGAGGCUGCAGGCUGACAUCGAGAACCAGUCGGGCAAGGACACCAGCCCUGUGGUGGCCAGUCUGCUGCAGAAAGUGUCCUAUAAGGCCAAGCGCUGGAUCUAUGACGUGAGGACCAUUGCGGAUGUGGAGGGUGCCGGAGUCAAGGCCUGGAGGCGGACGCAGUGGCAAGAGCAGAUCCUGGUGCCCCCGCUGCCCCAGUCGGUCCUUCCGGGCUGCAGCCUCAUCCACGUGGACUACUACCUGCAGGUCUCCCUGAAGGCACCCGAAGCCUCCGUGACCCUCCCGGUCUUCAUCGGCAGUAUCGCUGUGAACCAUGCUCCGCUGAGUCCCCUGCCAGGCCCCGGGCCACCUCCCGGGGCUGUGUCCUCUGUGGUGCCCUCUGCACCGCCCCAGGAGGAGGCUGAGGCUGUGGCUGUGGCCAGCCACCCCCCCUUCUCGGACCCUGUCUCCCUCUUCACCAAGAGCCACUCACCGCCUGUGCCACCUGCUGCCUUUGGUGGGGUGUCGGGCACCCCUGAACCCUGUCUUCAGGAUGGCAGCCCCGCCUCCCGCCCUCUGCCCCCUGCCUUGUGCAUCUCCACAGGUGCCACUGUGCCCUACUUCGCAGAGGGGUCCAGAGGGCCAGUGCCCACCGCCAGCACCUUGAUCGCCCCCCCGGAGUACAGCUUGUGGGACCACCCCUAUGAGGCCCCGCCGUCCUAUGAACAGAGCUGCGGCGGGGUGGACCCGGGCCCGAUCCCCGGCAGCUGACCCCGCACCGCCUCCUCGGGCUGGCCGACCUCUGCCGUGGGCCGGGCGCCCAGGGCCUCGUGC